AUGCUGGAAAAAGGAAGAGGAAAGUACAGAAACCUGUUUAUACGUGGAGUUGCCAAUUGUGGGAAAAGUUUCGUGCUUGCCCCAUUGAAAAGCAUUUAUGGCACUUUUUGUAAUCCCGCCACUGGAACUUUUGCCUGGGUUGGUGCAGAAGAGGCGGAAAUUAUUUUGCUGAGUGAUUUUCGGUGGAAACCCUCCAUAAUAGCAUGGGCUAACAUGCUCCUGUUGCUAGAGGAAGAUAUAGUGCAUUUACCAGCUCCCAAAAAUUUCUCGAAACGGGACAUUGAGCUUAGCAACGAUACCCCUAUCUUUGCAACAUCAGACGCGCCAAUUGUGUACAUAAAGGGGGGAAGUGUUUGCCACGCAAACACUGAAAUGAUGAAUGUAAGGUGGAAAUUUUUCCACUUCUGGAGACAAAUUCCACCAACUGAACAACUCCAGUUAAUUCCUUGUGGUCACUGCUUUUCAAAACUGAUUUUAAGCAACAUCACUGAGUAG